UGUAAUUGAACAAAUAUCUUUCCAACUUUCAUACACAAAAUCAAAAGGGAAACUUCACUGCAAGUACUUGGAAAGCAAAGCGCGUUAAAUGGUCUUAUCUCUUCUUUCCCUUUUUUCUCCUUUGACUUAUAAGACUUUCCAAUUUGCAAACUGCAAUUUCAUGCAGCUUUGUUUUGUUUUGACAUCACUCACACGUUUCCCUCGGAAUUAAAUCAAUGCCCCUGGAAAAAAUGCCCCUAUCUAAAGUCUUUCGAGUCAACUAAAUGCUUUUCAAGUUACCAAGUCUUUGUUUCCUUCCUUUACACUUCCAUUGAAAACUUGGUAUCAAAUUCCCACACUUCAUCUGAGGCAAAGUAUGAUCUCCUCAAACAAACACACACUAUUCACAAACUAAUCUUUCAGUUCUUCUACCCCUUCUCUUCACAGCAAAAGAAAAUGAAUCCCCGCCGUUUCCCGUCAUCACUUUUUCCCCUUCUUAUUAUUUUCGUAUUCCAAGUCAAGCUUGGGAUUCCUCAGUCAUUAGGUUACCCUGAUCGCUACACGGAGUGUCGUAAUCCACAGUUCAAAUGUGGGAACAUCUCUGCUGGGUAUCCUUUCUCAGGAGAUGGCAUACCAUCGUUUUGUGGACAUCCUGGUCUGCAACUGGAUUGUGAAAAUGAUACUCCUACAAUAGAGAUCGUUAAUGUGAAAUAUCAGGUGCUGGCUAUCCAUACGGAAAGUCAAACAAUAAGGAUAGCGAGGCAGGACUUCAUCAAGAAUAAUUUAUGUGACCCAGAAUUUCCAAAUUCGAUCCUUGAUAAUAAGCUCUUCGACUUCAUCCAUGCUCCUGGUUUUGCCCAUGUUACUCUGCUUUAUGAUUGCCUACAUGUGAUACAAACGAAUCUCGGACACUUCAAUUGCAGCGUAAAUAGAAAGAAUUACAGGAACGUUUGGGUCGUACCGGCCGAAUUUAAUAGUUCUGUGCCAUGUUCUGCUAAUGUUACUGUUCCGGUUCUUCGAUCUCCGCUUGCAAAAAACUUCGAUUACUUAUUGCUCCUAGGAGAAUUAAACGAAGGAUUUGAGGUGAAAUGGAAGCUGGAUAGCAUAGCAUGUUCGAAGUGCAUCGGAACCGGAGGAGCAUGUGGCUUUGGCUUUAAUAGUCAAACAAUUUGCCUCUGCCCAAACGCAACUAAUCCUUGGGCGGAAAUCCCAGAAUGCCCUCAUGGCAAAGGGUUCAAUUCAGGGUCCAAUUCGAAUAAGAAGCUCAAACUAAUCAUAGGAUUGGCAGUCGCUGUAACCAUUGCUAUGGUUUGUACUAUAUGCUUCAUUGUUCUGAUCAGGUUCAAAGGAGAAUCAUUAUCAACUAGAAAUUCAAUUCAUCUCUGGCAGCGAAACAUGAACAAUAAUGUCAGUGUUGAGGCAUUCAUCAAAGAGUUCGGUUCUCUUGCUCCAAAGAGAUAUUUUUACACAGACAUCAAGAAAAUGACAAACAAAUUCAAAGAUAAAUUAGGUCAAGGAGGAUAUGGCCACGUAUACAAAGGAAAAUUGCCUGAUGGUCGUCUUGUGGCGGUGAAAGUUUUAAGUGAAACCAAGGGAAAUGGAGAGGAAUUUAUGAAUGAAGUAGCUAGCAUUGGUAGAACUUCCCAUGUCAAUAUAGUGACUCUACUAGGUUUCUGUUAUGAUAAAUCAAAGAGAGCUUUGGUCUAUGAAUUCAUGCCCCAUGGAUCAUUGGAUAAGUUCAUUUAUAAUCAAGGAUCACAGGAUCAAAGUCGUCGAUUGGAGUGGAAAACUUUGUAUGACAUUGCACUCGGCAUUGCUAGAGGACUAGAAUACUUGCAUCAAGGUUGCAAUACAAGGAUCUUGCACUUUGACAUAAAACCUCACAAUAUACUUUUAGAUGAGGAUUUCUUUCCGAAGAUCUCUGAUUUUGGUUUGUCUAGAUUAUGCGAAAGAAAGGAGAGUAUUAUUUCCAUGACAGGUGCUAGAGGAACUGCUGGAUAUAUUGCCCCAGAAGUGUUUUGUCGAAAUUUUGGAAGAGUUUCUUAUAAAUCUGAUGUCUAUAGCUACGGAAUGAUGGUCCUUGAAAUGGUUGGAGGAAGAAAAAAUAUUGAUGUUGAAGUGUCUCAAAGCAGUGAAAUAUAUUUUCCCUCAUGGAUUUAUAAGCAUCUUGAUCAAGCUAUGAAUUUGAGUCUUGAUGGAGUAACAACUGAAGAGGAAGAAGAAAUAACAAGGAGGUUGAUUGUGGUGAGCCUUUGGUGCAUUCAAACCAAUCCAACAGAUCGACCAUCAAUGACCAAGGUGCUAGAAAUGUUUCAAGGGAGCCUCCAAUUAUUGGUAAUGCCUCCAGCACCUUUUAUAUCAUCUCCUGCACGAUCCCCUGAAACUGCUUCCACAACAUAAAUAAAUGAUCCUCGACGUAGGCCUAGUUUUACACAUUGCAAUUUCCAUUUCAACUAGUAUGAAACCUGCGCUUUUCUGCGAUUUUGUUACUGUUUAAUGUGAAGAAAGAGAUAUCAAAGCAUUCAUAUCUUUAGGUAGUUAAUAUACAUAGAUAGCAUAAUAUUAGAGUGUUUGGUAUAAAGUAAUCUCUUUAAAAAUCAUAGUGAUUUGCAUUCAAUAAUUAUAUCACUUUGUUUGGUGACAAUUUAAAAAUUUUACAUACCAGUGAUCUCAAAUCACUAUUGUGAUAAGAUCACUAUCUAGAAGAGUGAUCUGAUUCCUAACUUAAAUAAUAGAAAAGUUUUAUACCAUGAAAAAGUAAUUUUCAAUAUUAUUUUUUGACUAAUUUUCCCUCACAAAAUAUAUAAUUAACAUUACUCUAAGAAGCUGA